CUUUCCCAAGUGUUUAUCGCCAUUUCCACAACUUUCUCGCCUCCUCUCUCUGAUCUCUUUCACAUCUCUCUCGCAAAGCUACCUAACCAAGAUUCUCAUUCCUAUCCCAUCUUCUAUAAAUUCUCUCUCACAGAUCUCUUCACCCUCCGCUGCUACAUUCCAUCUCUAAUCGAUGCGUACUACGCUGAGAUCGGAGACGAUUAGAGAGGAACAUACUGGAGGGAGAUUCGAAGUUUUUCUCGAGAAACCCGAAAUUUUCCGGGGAACUUUUGAGGUUUCUGGGGAAAUUUCUUGAGUUUAGGAUCGAUUUCGGAAAUGGGUUCUCUUGGGGAUGAGCUGAGUUUGGAUUUGAGACCCAGUUUCCAACCCAGAACGAUCAGCGAUUUCUUGAAGGAGGUUUCGGCUAUCGGAGAUGUUUCAGAGAGAGUUUCGAAACUCGAAGAUUUCGUCAAAGAGUUUGAAGGAGAGAUGAAGAAGAUCGAUGGCUUCAAACGCGAGCUUCCUCUCUGCAUGCUCUUGUUAAACGAUGCGAUAUCGUUUUUGAAGGAGGAAACUAAGAAAUUCUCGGCGAGAAAUGUUGGACCAGUUUUGGAAGAAUUUAUCCCUUUGAAAAAGCGAAACAGAGAAGAGGAACAGGACAAAGACGAUGAAGAAACAGAAGACGAAGAAGAAAAGGGAAACAGUACGAAAUGGAUCAAGAGAGACAAGGAAACGAGGGAGAAGACGAACUGGGUGAGCUCUUUUCAGCUGUGGAAACCAGAUUAUUACACUUCCAAUCCCGUUAACCGGAAAUAUUCGGAUCAUAGGAUCACUUGCAGAGUAGAAUCAAAGCAGAGAAAUGAGGAGAAUUUAACUAAUGGAUCCAGUUCGAGACCCUUUUUGCCAUGUAAAGGAUUUGAAAGUUUUUCAUCGAGGAACGGAGAGGAAGAGAUUUCAUCUGCUCAAAGAUUGUCUCUGUUGAGUCCUGCCAUGAAGAAUGGGAAGGAGGAAACUGGUUCAAGUCUCGGAUUGGUGGCAAGUCUGAGCCUUCCUUCUUCAGCCCCUGAAGUGAAUUUGAAUGCACAAUCGGUUAUAAGGCUGCCUCCUCCAUCACUUUCUCAACAGACUUCACGGAAGCAAAGGAGGUGUUGGUCUCCUGACCUUCAUCGCAGUUUUCUGAAUGCCUUGCAAGAGCUCGGCGGUCCUCAAGUGGCAACUCCAAAGCAAAUCCGUGAGCUUAUGCAAGUGGAAGGCUUAACAAAUGAUGAAGUGAAGAGUCAUUUACAGAAAUAUCGGUUGCAUGCACGGAAGCUUCACCCCGGGAAUUCAAAUUCUAGCGAGACCCUCGAGAAACAGUCGGUAGUUGUUUUGGGGGGUAAGUUAUGGAACUCCGGAGAAAAUUCGAAAGGAAGCAGCCCGGAGUCAGGUUCUCCACAAGGUCCUCUGCUACUAGCAAUGACUACAACAACAGGUGGAGAUAGCAUGGAAGAGGAUGAAGAAACUAAGUCUGAGAGCUUCAGCUGGAGAGAUCACCAUGAUUCCAAACAUGCCAAGGCCUGAAUUCCAUUUUGGGUAAUCUCAGACAUCAAUCAAUUCCAUUACACCAAUCAUCAUCAUCAUUAGUACAUUGGAGAGUGAGUACAAAUAACAAUCGCAAAAACGGUUGAUGAACACGGAGAGAAUUAUAAAAUUGAAGAAGAGGGAUUGAGUGAGUGUGAGGAUGGUACAAUUUUGCAGAAUUUAGUCCUAUCCUUUUGUACCGGCUUUUUUUUGUUCUGUUAUUUUUUUUUUGGGUUUACUGGGGCAUUAGUGUUAGUGUUAUUGUUCUUCUUUUGAAUUCAAUAGAAAACCAUAUAUAUAUA